UAGCUCAAAUUUGCCCUUAAUUGUAUCAUUCUUGUAUAUGCUUGAAAACCCUAGAUCCACUCUCAAAGGCUUCUGCUAGGAUCUGUUUGUUAGGGUUAAUAACAAUCAUGGUGGGUCCUACACCGCCGCAGAAGCUGCAAAUUCAGCCGCCACCUUCUUCUACACCGGCGGCGGCGCCUUCAGCUGAAGAAGAAGCUCUCAAGAGAAACACUGAUUGUGUCUACUUUCUAGCUUCUCCUCUUACAUGCAAGAAGGGAAGCGAGUGUGAGUACCGUCAUAGUGAUGCUGCUCGGCUUAAUCCUCGAGAUUGCUGGUACUGGUUGAACGGAAGCUGCUUAAACCCAAAAUGCGCAUUCCGGCACCCUCCUCUUGAUGGACUUUUGGGAGCUCAAGUUACAACUCCUACAGGAUCUUCUGCACCGCCAAUGGCAUCUGUUGCACCUACACCGAAUGUUCCAUAUGGUUCUAGCAAGCAAGGUGUACCAUGCAUUUUCUUCCAGCAAGGGUUUUGUUUAAAAGGUGAUAGGUGUCCAUUCUUCCAUGCACCAUUGUUUGUGUCUAACAAAGCUCCUCCACAUCCUGUAUCUACUGCAUCUGCAUCUACUGAGAAAACCAAUUUUAAGGCAUUUGGUGGGCUUGAAAAGUGUGUGCAAGAGAAGACAUUUUUUCAAGCAAAUAUUUGGAAGUCUGGUGAAUUAUCUGUACAAGCACAACCAGUUGAGAAACUGAAAACUCCUUUGCCCAAGAAUAAUGCUGCCUUUAAUGAGAAUGUGUUGCCACCCAAUCCUGUCAUUGAUGUUGCGCAUCACAGGCACAAACCAAAAAGUGUGCCGCCUCCAAAUGGAAAUCCUGUCGGUAGAUCCAACAGAGUGCAACAGUCUGCUAGGUUUGAUAAUCACAGUAGCUUUCAGAACAAAGAUGAUGAGAUUUCAAGGGAGCUUUCACCUGGUUUUGAUGUUCUUGUGGAUGAUGAGCUCAGAGGUACUGAUUUUUAUCAUGGUGAAGGUCGAUAUGGCAGAAAUGGGGGAAGGAAUGAAUAUGAUAUUGGCCGAUCUGCUGAUUAUACUUCAGUUGCAGAUGUGGACCAAGAUAUGUACCAUGAUGUCUAUGGGCAUGACUCUCACGACAGGCUUCCGGGUCGCUCUGGUAGGGUGCAGCAUAGAGCUUCUUCUGAGAGAGUACAAGGGGAAUCCGCUCAUCUUGAAAGGAGACGCUAUGGUAGAGCUCACAGCCCUGAAGAAGUUCGAGAGCCAGAUCUGAGGCAUCGUUUAUCAAAGCAUAACAGGACUAAUGGUUUGAGGUCAGUCAUUAGUCAUGACUAUGCAAGUGAAAAACAUGUUGAGGAUCGAGGCAACCAAAGUUCCAGGAGGGAUCGACCCUAUGUACCUUCACAUGAUAGUUCCCUUGCUAGUCGUCUUCGCGGAAGAAUAAAGCUACCAAGUAGAUCACCCUCUCCAACUAAUGGGACAGAUAUGCGGCUGGAUAGGGCUAGGGACCGUGGCAGGUUAUCUUCAGAAAGGCCACAGCUUUUCUCUCAACAGGGAAGGCUUCGUGAUAGAAUAAAGGGAAGAGUGCAAGAGGAUCUCAAUGAUACUGGAAGAAAUAACAGUGGUCCACGUAUAAGAAGAGAUGUAAGUGAGGAUGAUUCAAAAUUUUCUGGUCCAAGAAGUCUUGCUGAACUUAAAGGUCGGAAAACUGCUGAGACCACUGAACAAAAUAUUGACGAGCGACAGGCCCUAGGGAAGCGUAAGUUCCAAAAGCGUGAUGACUAUCAGCAAACAGGAGGGGAUAGUGUCUCAUUUGACGGACCAAUGCCUCUGCAAGAGAUCUUGAAGAGAAAAAGAAGCAGUAAAACAGGCAUGUCAUCUGAUAAGAGUGAAGACUAUCAACAUGAAAGAAAGGACCACUCUGUGCCAGUGGUGACUUCCUCCAUCUCCAGGAACAAUACUGACUUUGGGCAAAAGGAAGAGUCUGAUCCUCCAUCAGGUGUAUCAGCUGAUCAUCAAUCUCCUGCACACCAUGGUGCAAAUGAACUUGAAGCUGAAGAAGGGAUGAUUGUGGAAGAAGCAGACGAUCAAGACCCUGAAGCCGAAGGUCAUGAUCAAAGAGAUGGAGACUAUGAUUAUGAGCAGGUCGAUGGUGAAGAUUACAAUUUAGACGAAGGUGAGAAUAUUGAUGCUGGUGAAGAAUACCUGGAUGAUGAUGAUGAUGAUGAAGACGACUUUGCUAAGAAGAUGGGUGUUGUUUUCUCAUAAAUGAUGGGAUACAUCAAUCGCUCUAAGCUAUUUUAGGUUGGCUCGGAAUGAGCAAAUUCAACUGCUCUACUGAUUUUUAUCUUUUAGAAGUAGAGAGAACACUCUUUUUCUUCGUUGUAUUUAUACUCGGAGACUGGCUGGAAAAUUUUCCACCGGUUAGUGGCAUUUGGCAGAUCUCUAGCUUUGCCAAAAAUGGUGUUGACUGUAACAUUAGAGGGCUAAUAAGAAACAUGUUUGCUAGUGUAUUUUUUCUAUA